AUGGAUCCCAAUCUCACCUACUCCCCACCUCGCACCCCUCCGAGCAGCCCCAUCCGCAUCGACACCAAUGCCAGUCCGGUGAAGGAACGCCGCUUGCCUCUCCUGCUCCAACAGCACCCCCACCUGUUCGGCAUGGAAAUCGACCGCCCGGCCUCCGCUCCCACCCAGCUGCCGUCCGACUUCAUCGCCUACAGCUUCCUCGGGGCCCCGCCGGUCUUCAAUCGCCAGCCAACGUACGCCCGCAUGAGGUACGCCGACUUCCUGGCCAAGUCCGGUGUCAGCAACGAGACCAUCCUCCGCUGGAUCCGCCCUCCUCCCUUCGCCCGCCAGGCGUUCAACUACACGGCCAGGGCUCCCACCCCCGACCUCACCCACACAGGCUCCACCAACACGGCAGAGCAAUCCAGCGACGAAGCAUCCGGAGAUGCAGAAGACGACCAGACGAAGGGAGUGGUGGUGGACGAUCUCGCGGCUCGCGUCGCUGCCCUGGGGAAGAACGCCGUCACCCAAGCCACCCCCAACAACACCGCCGCCUACCGCGCCCUCAUGGACGCCCAGAAACGCUACUCCCAUCGCGCGCGCAUCAUGGUCGGCAACCUUCCGAACGACAUCGACAAGGGCAUCCUGGCCCUGGCGGUGGAGGAGGAGUUCGGGUUCUUCGGGGAGUGCUACGUGCACGUCUUCAGUGGCAACAUGAGGGGUCUCCGUCCCUACGCCAUCGUCCAAUACACUCGCCGCCGCCACGCCAAGGAUGCGUGGGAGAACGGAGAGGAGAUCUUCGUCUUCGGGCGUCGGGUGCGGGUGGAGUGGAUCUGCCACGCCUCCUAG